AUGGGACAGGAUGAGGAGGACACUGCGUUCAGCGAGAAAAUUAUCAACGAGAUCGAUGCCGUCUUCAUGCGUGAUCCGGAUCUGGCUGGAUUUGAAAUCAUACCGAUGCCACUGAAUCAAAACAAAUCACCAGUGAUCCACGUAGAGCACAAUCUCGGACUGCAGUCGUGGGCCGUGGAGUGUGUGUACGCCUAUACGCAUCGUUUGAUUCUGAAGUAUCGCAACGAGUGGAUCUCGUCGACCACGACUCCAUUUGGGCUCGGAUCAGUCGCUUGGAAUGUGUCCGACAAGGGCAAAGUGAGCAGUGGAGGGGGCGGAGGUGGUGGUGGUCUCACAAUCGGCAGCAACACCAGUAACGGUGGGAAUGUACCGAUUAUCAAGUACCUAAACUGUGCCAUUCUGAUCAAUCCGGAUGUGGCGACUUUUUGGAAUCUGCGACGGCAGCUAUUUGCAAAGAAUCGGUUGGACAUCGCGAAGGAGUUCCACUUCUCAACUCUUGUUCUCAGCAAAAAGCCCAAAUCGAACGAGGCGUUCGCCUAUCGACGAUGGUUGUACCUGUUUCAGAGUUCUGACGCGAUCGAUUGGGCGUUCGAGAUUAGCUUGUGUGAAAAAUGUGCCGACAAGAGCAAUACCAAUUACCAUGCCUGGUGCCACCGGCAGUGGGUCCUGAUGAAAGCACCGAACCUGCUCAAGUACGAGGUGUAUAGGACGGAAAAGUUUAUCCGCAAGCACAUCCACGAUUACAGCUGCUACAACCAUCGGCAGUUUGUGCUGACAAAGAUGUUCGAAAUGUGCUACUACGACGAGGAGGAUGACGGCUCCGAGGAGCUUUCGGAGGCGACCGGAGCCGUUGGUCGUAGCCGCAAGUAUAACGCUCUCUGCGCACUGAUCGAAAUGCUGACCGGCGAUGGUGAACCUGAACCCACGGUGGACAAUCUGCUACGCUACCUGCUACCUGCCAUUACCAAAGAGCACGAACUGAACCAACACCGGGUGCGCACCUUCCUGUACUGUCUCAAUCUAGCCGCUUACGAUGUACGUCUGUGCGGCGAACUAAGCACCCUGCACAACGUUUCGCAAGCGCUCGAAAAUCAUCGAAAGUUUAUGGUAAAAUUUUUGAUCGAUCGGCUCCGGAUUGGGUCGGGCUGGUUACUGAACACAACCGGCACGAUCUACGCCAAUCCGGGCGGAUGUCAACAGCCACUGUCGAAAGUAACGCGGCUCGAUGAGGAUGCUAGCCAGUUGCUGCAAGCGCUAAAAGCACACGAACUUCACCGAGCGACCGGUGAUCCACGGCAUGGACAAUGGUGCAAACAUUUUCUGGGCAUUGCGCCGGAAUAAGCG